AAAAUAGUCCCUGUGGUAUGCAAACUUUUGGGGUUUUAGUCCAAACCACGAGUUUUUUGGAUCCAUGGUCCUUUUGGAGUGGUUUCUAUGUGGUUUUGGUCCCUGGACUUAACUCCCGUUAAGUUGGAUGUGUUAAGCCCUCUCACGUGCCUCACACGUGAGGGUAAUUUCGUCAUUUCAUAUGUUAGGGACCAUUUUUGCAUGAACGUUUUUUGGAUUAAUUCCUUUUUCCCCUCAUUUACUUUCCCCAACACUCGUCAACUCCCCAACUCCCUCCUUCUUGCUUCUGCUCCAUUGAACCUGCAAAAAACCCUCGUUGCUUAUCCAAACAAGAUAAUCGACACUACACAUACAAGGGCAUACGUUUAAUACGAAAUGGUGUUCGUAAUGUGGCAUAUCAUACCAAAACACGAAGUUGUUGAUGUAUCAACUGUAUAUGCUGGUGCACCCACAUGGUUUAGUAUUAAGCUUCAUCACGAUGGGAAAUUUACUAAGUUACCUGAUAUAAAGUACAUUGGAGGUGAAGGUAAAGUUGUCAUUGAGGAAUUACCAGAAAAUGAUGAUCAAGGGGCUAAAGUUGAGGGUCAAGUUCAUGCAGAUUCUCCAAUGAAAAAUGUGAACCAUGGUAAUGGUGAGCCUAUUGGAGGCAGCAACUUGUGUUCAUAUUGA